UGCCGGAAAAGCCCCUCCCUCUCCCCAUCCCCCCACGAUCCCCCCCACCUGAACUCCUGAAGAAACAGUUGAGCUGGUCUGUGCGAGCGCGUGGGUUUAGUCAGAGCUCGCCCCGCGGAUUUCGCGGGUGGGUUGUUGUUGUGGGGCUGAUGCGCGCGCCCAUGGCUGCGGCGGCGGCGGCGGCGGUGCUGGUGCUGGUGAUGGGAGCGGGGUGGGCGCCGGGCCCCCGCGGGUGCGCCGCGCAGGGGGAGGAGGUGGUGGUGGCCAGCUACGGGCAGGACAGGCUCUGGCUCAAGCCCUACGACUGGACCUACCUGCGCGUUGAGUUGCCGCCGUCGUUUUCCUCUGUCACCAUGGAUUUCGCUACUGACAUAGACAUUUUUGUGGAAUGUUUCUUUACAUAAUGCAGCAGAGGGAGCACUUGAAAGGCAUUCCAAGAAGCAAGCUUGCUAUUAUCUGUUUGAUGAAUUCCAACCCUCCUAUUCCUGAUAUAUCUGAUUCUUAUCUGGACAAUUUAUUAUCAAACUUUCUCCCAGCUGGGCCUUUUGGCAACGGCAAUAUAAUUAAUCAGUCAAAUCUGGCGCAGUGCAUACCAUUUCAGAAAAACACAACAGUUGUGCUAACAAACGACCAGAUAUCUCCAGGGGUAUGGUACAUUGGGUACUUUCAUGGCCUUGGCCCUGCUCGCACACAAUCGAAGAUGAUUAGCCGAGGAAAAGCACGCUUGGUGAGCACUCGCAUUACUGUAAGAGGAUGCCCCACUUCAGCAUUUUGGGGGCCCUACUGCAACCAAACAGUUGAAAUGAUUGGUUGUUCUCAACCUUCAAUAAAUAAUAACUCAAGGAACCUUCUAGAUCUGAACAUUGAGAGGAGGAACAGUAGGUAUACUAGAGAGCAUCAUAGGCGUAUUAAUAUCCUAUCACAGCAGAACCAUUUGGUAGAAAAGGAAGUUGGGUCUAAUGUUACAGCCCUGGUUAGAAUGGAGAACUCAAUCACUUGUUCCAUUUCUAAUGACUCAUUAUGCGUCAGGCAAGGCGACAUGAAGUUCUACUUCUUGGAUGUAGUCAACCUAGCAUUGCAGUUUCAAAUUACAGCUGCAAACUUUGGAGUUCUAGGGCCAUCCUUGAUUUGUUACCUGCGGUAUAAUGCCUUUCCUCAAAGAGAUCUGCAUGACUAUUCAGGUGAUAUCAGCCAUGAUCCUUUAGUUGUGAAGUCGCCGAAUAUUGGGCGUUGGUAUAUUGCUAUUGAGACUGUCAAUAAAACACAGACGAAUAAUACAGCAUCAAACCCUGUUCUAGAUACUAUGUGUUUCUCAUUGAAGUGGCAAUUGACUGGAUGCUUGAAUGGAAAAAGUGGAACAGAUUGCUCUUGGGAGGCAUACGGGCUCCAGAGGGUUCCAAGGAGAAGUCCUUCAGUCCCAUUUGAGUCAUAUUAUGUUCCUACUGAUGAAAGGGCAUCACUGGAAGAUAGCCACUUCUAUUUGGAGCAAUUUUUAAGUAACUCAUCCAGUGAGCAGUUUGCAUGGACAUAUUUCUUUUUGGAUGUUCCUCAAGGUUCAGCUGGUGCACUUAUCCAUGUACAGCUUAAGUCGGAUAAAGAAUUGAACUACGAGUUGUACUCAAAAUAUGGUGGCUUACCAUCAAAUGAUACUUGGGAUUAUUAUGCGAGUAGGACAAGCAGCAGUAAUGGUUCACUAUUUUUUUCGUUACAGAAUUCCACAAGUUCAGACAUGGAUCUAUCAAUUUUUUAUGCUAAAGAGGGAACUUGGUGCUUUGGGGUGAAGUAUCCAAGUGGUAGGGCAAAUUCUCAGACGUACAUGUCUGUAUCCCUUCAGGGUUGCCAUAGAAACUGCAAUCAGAAAGGUGUGUGUCAUUCCUCAGUUGAUGAAAGUGGGCUGACGUUCUACAGCUUCUGCACCUGUGAUCGUGAUCAUGGUGGGUUUGAUUGCAGCGAUGAGCUAGUCUCCCCUAAUGGGCACAUUUGGCAGUCUGUCUUUCUAAUUGCCUCAAAUGCUGCAGCUAUUUUACCUGCCUUCUGGGCCCUCCGGCAAAAGGCAUUUGCAGAAUGGAUUCUUUACACAUCUAGUGGAAUUUCCAGUGCAUUAUACCAUUCAUGUGAUGUGGGCACCUGGUGCAUUCUAUCUUUUCGUGUAUUACAGUUUUUGGACUUCUGGCUUUCCUUCAUGGCUGUUGUGGGUACAUUCAUAUGUAUGGCUACAAUUGACGAAGCUUCAAAGAGAGCAAUGCAUACAGCCGUAUUUAUACUCACAGCUCUUUUAGCUGCAACUGGUGCAACAAGAUCUGCAAAUAUUGGAAUCGUCAUUGCGAUUGGUUCUCUUGGCCUGCUUAUGGGAUGGCUAUUGGAAUUCUCUACAGCAAGAAGAUUUAUAUGCUGGCCCUGGCAAAUUAAUCUUAAUGUGCCUCAAAGUUGGCCAAACUUCGGCACUUUAUUACGGAAUACUCUGGAGGUGUUGAACAAACGCUUCCGUUGGAUAUUUCUACUUUUGGGUUUCAUCACAUUAUCAUUUGCGGCUACGAGCUGGAAGCUGGAAUCGAAUAGCAACUACUGGAUUUGGCACAGCAUGUGGCACAUAACCAUCUACACGUCUUCAUUUUUCUUCCUGUGCUCCAUGCGUGUGAACGCAAGGAACCGCAAUCCAGAGUCAAACUAUGAGUUAACGAGGCAAGACUCAUUGCCAAGGUCAGAAACUCAACCAAGGGAGAACUAGUUAAGGAACGAGGAUGAUCACAAGUACGGUGUCCACGUCCUUCUGGUAGCGAUUUGGAUGUCAAUGUACGAUGGUUCCAUACAAGAAUUGGCUGAGUUGGAUUUUGGCUUGAUUCGUUUUGGCAGAGUUGGGUUAUGGCAGAUUCGUUCAACAGUAUGCAGGCCUGUUUAUGUAGUUGUACAUGGCUUCUGUUGCAGGCUGGGGCGUAUAAUAACUUAAGAACGCGAUCGUAGAAGAGGGAUUUGGGAACUUCACGGUCAGCUGUAUCGCAUGAGAAUUGUAAAUAGCGUGGUGCAGCUAAAUGAUCUUUUUGUGGGACGUUCGUUGAGAACGUGGUGACCAUGUAAAUGUUGUAAACGUACGUUAUUCCAAAACGGAACAAGUCUCUUUAUUUGGGAAUUUGCUUUGUGUUUUAUGA